AUGCGAUGCCCAUCAAGCUCCAUCUCCACUGACAUAAACGAUCUGCAAGGGUUCGAGACUUCUAUGAAGCCCUUUGAGAAGAAUUCGGUGUCGUUUGUUGAUGCCAAAACAAUCGACCCAUCGCUGACGCCUUCUUCCAUUUCACCAGCACUUUAUACAGAUAGUGGAUCGAUGACAACUUCAGCAAAUUCAACUUCGUCAUCUCACCGAAAUGGACUUUUCGGACACCAUUUGAUGGUGGAGGAGGACGAUGAGGAAGGAAUUCACACUCGUGUAGCGGGUUUGGACGAAAUGGCGGUGGGAACUGGAGCCGGAAACUCCAUGGAUAAGGAACACAACCAAGUGCAUAGCAGCUCUUUGGGUGGAGGAAUAAUUACACCUGUGCAUGGUGCUGAUGCCAGAACGGGAGUGAAUAAUGGCGACAGUGGACCUGUUUCGAUGCCUGUGAAUCUGGGAGGAUUGGAAGUGAAUGGUACAGCGAGUCUAGCAGCCGAUACCAGCAAUGGUAAGGUUACCAAAAGGAAAUACUCACGCAACGGGUGUACGGAAUGCAAAAGACGGAGGAUGAAGUGUGACGAGGGAAAGCCCACUUGCUGGCAAUGUGCAAGGCUGAAUCGGAAGUGUGUCUACGAAAUUCGCACGAAAAAUCGGAAGCGGAAAACAAAGCCUGAGGGGGACCCGAUAGAGCCCGUUUUGACAGAUUCCAAAACAGCAUCCUCAAAUGCAGACACGACAAGUGAAUUUUUGAUCAAUACGACCAAUUCUGGAGCCCUAAACGUUCCGAAUUUGAUUCCCACGCAAAACGUCAAUUCCUUUGACGCAAACCUGCUGAUUCAAAACCUCAACGACAUCGUCAAUAUGAAGCUCAACGACUCACUGAUCUACGACGAUUUCAAGGCCACAGACCUGUCUGACCUCGAUAUCCCAGAGCUCAACAUAAUGCCACCGGAAAACCCUCGUCCAGCAGUUCCUAUCUCUUUUCUUGUUGACAGCAUCAUGACUUUUAACAUGACGCUCAGCUCUUUCACACUGGGGGGCGCCAACGACAAAUAUCUGGAGGUUUUCUUCUAUGACUGUCUAGACUCAAUAGCACCCUUUUUCCAAGGCCAGGGCAAUCCUCUACGAGACAUUCUACUAUCGUUUGCUAAGGGCGAGCCCUACCUACUUUCUUCGAUACUGGCAGUAGGCGCAUCAAUUUCCCACCGAAAAACGGACGACGUCGAGGAUGAAAAAAGCUACUGUGCAUAUCUAUCGCAUUGUCUCGGACUCCUUACCGAGCAAUUCAAGAAUGAAAGCAAUGUUAACAACAAGAUCGAACCUAUUAUUCUCACAGUCCUCAUGCUAACAUGGGACUGUAUUUAUACUAUGAACAGCCAAUGGAGAUCUCAUUUGAAAGGUGUGACCGAACUGUUCAAGAAGAUCAAUUCCGGAAAUUCUUCAAAAGUGUUGAAUGUGGCGAAAUGCUGGUUCAAGGUUAUUGAGACGUUUGCCAGUAUCAGUACGGUGCUGGGUGGUGCAGUCAUAGAUGAAAGUGACCUCGAUGUCAUUUUUGACCCGUAUGAUUACCAGUACCUGGACUCUUUGAAGUUCCUCAACAUCGUGACGCCUCUUAAUGACUUCAAUCUUUUGCGCGGGCACAAAGAAGAUUUUGAUCUGGUUAUCAGAGAAGUGUUUAAGGCUUUAAACGCUAUUAGGCAUUCGGAAAAGAAGUAUUUUUCUGAACAGGAUGGAAUUUUCGAUAAAAAUCUGGACUACUUGCUGUGGUCAAAUCCAAACACAGAAACGUUCAAGGAGCAGUUGUCAUAUUUCAAAAUCCAAAAGAUUUUGGUGGAAAUUGAUCGACAGUCAGAUUACGUUUUUAUAGACAAGACUGGAAUCAUACCUCGCAGCAAUCAAUCGCAUCCCCACAACAGCAAAAUAAUGGACAAUGCCAUCGAUAUUGUAACACUACGCAGUGGCGAACAAAUAGCCAUAAGUUGGUAUGACAUUUCGCAUCAGACGCAAGUCUUGUCUUUUCUUCUCAUCGUACUGCUCAAGUUGCUUGGAGUUCCAAAAGAGUCAAUUGCCAUUCAACAGGUUGUCCAGAAGAUCACUAGUUUUUUUGGAUUUCUGGAUAGCGAGAGUCCUCCGCGCAACUUGCGGACCUGUUAUUGCAACUUCGCCAUCUUAGUUGCAGGUCUCAAUGCCAUAGACGAAAAAACUAGAAAUGUUAUCCGGACAUAUUACAAGAUCAACGGAAGCCGUUUUCAAAGACUCACGGAACACAACCUACUUAGGUUGGAAAAGGUAUGGUACGGCACGGAGAAAGGAUAUAAACUUGAGGAUCAGGAUGUUUUGACCUGGUGA